AUGGGAAAGAGACUCGACAAAAAUCUAGGAGAUGCAAGAACUUUGGGUGAAGACUUUAAAGAAUUAGCUCAAAUUAAAAUACCUAUUCUGGAUAUCCAUCAACAAAUUAGACCAAGACAUUUUGCUCUUCCGACCAUACCAUAAUGUUACUUGAUAGUAAAUUACUAGGAUUAAAGUUUGGAUGCUCCCUAUAUAGAUAAUGUCACUAUCAAUCUAAGAUUCGAUGUGAGACUAUCUUUUGAGGACAGAAUCAACAUAAUCAAACAAUAAAAGGAAUUAAAGGGGGGACUUAUUGAAAAAUUCUAAGAGAAACUCAAACAAAGAUUGGCUUAGAUGGAACAAUUGUUGUGUCCCUUUAAGUUGAAUCCUAAAUUACAAUAUGUGACUGCAAGGGGCAUUGGAACGAAAUCAGAUUUUAAGGAUGAGCCCAUCAAACCAAAAAGUGAGAGAAACAAAGAGGACAUUAGACCACCUAAGGAAAGAGAAGCAUGUUGCAUAAUAUAAUGA